GCAUUCCGCUCUCCCCGUUUGGAUGGGGCUGGGCCUAGGAGCUUUCAAGCGCUGGAUGACUGGGCGUCGCUUGGGCUGAGCAUCGCUAGCCUGACAGGCCUCUACAACCUUGAGCCCAGCGAUAAGCGUGGAGCGCUGAAGGAGCUGGCGCAGGUGCCCUGGAUCCCUAGAUGGCUUCAGCAGCAGCUCAACAAUGUUGUGAAGCAGUAGCGGCGAGGCAGAUGCAGAGAUGGACUUAUGGUGACAGCGGCAAGGGUGAACAUGAGCAGAAUUGCAGGAGAAGUGGACUCCCCCGAAAGACCCAUGAGAAGGUCCAGGGGCAAGGCAGUGGACACCGAUGAGGGAUCACCAGUGGCUAGUGUUUGCAGUGGUGGGAGUCUGCCUGAAGUCAAGGGGGCAAGGGUUUGGAAGAAAGCAGUGAAGGCUGCUGUGUCCCACGCUGAUGGGGCUAUUACCGCAGUUGAGCCAAUGAAGGCAAAGCGCGGCCGUCCUAGGAAAGCUGAUGUCCAACAAGUUGCCGCUUGAAUUAUCGGGGCUCAUGUGGCUGGCGCAAAUUUGGGGACGCAGCUGGCAAUUCUUCAAAUUCAAGGAACGAUAACAGAAAGUCUUUGAACUUCUGGAACAGAUCUAGAUGCAUUGAGCAGCUGGAAAACGAUUGUGCAACACCUUGACCAUACGUCUCCAAACUUGUGUGCAGGCUGUGGAAAGU